ACGUGUCCGUAUCCAUCUUGAUAUCAGCUGGCGACGAGUCGCCAAUUGUUUUACGGAUAAGUCGGAAACGACUUAAAAUUUGGUCUUUUUUGGCCAUUCUGAUCGCCCGCGAGCCAAGAAUUUAAAAACUUGUGCUACAAAGCACAAGUUUUGGAUAAAUUUACUUGAUAUCUUCGCUUCUUUUACCUCACUUUUCAACCUUGCAUUUAGUCCACGGUUGACAUUUUCUUUCGUUUCACCAAUAUGGCGCAACAGUGAAGAGUUAUCAUGUCUUCAGAAUCGUACAACCUCAACCAAGCUUCUCUUGAAGAAGGGGCGUUUUAUCGCUCAAAUAUCUUCCAAUUUUACCAUUUAGUGGAUGGACAAGGAAAACAACGAUAUGGAAAAGAAAAUUACGUCAUCUCCAGCUCGUCUCACUUCGUGUGAGACGAAGGGAAAGGAGAAUGGACGUAGUCAAAGAUCUAAUAAAAACAGGCGCGAGCCGCCACAGGUUCGUGCUCCAGGUGAUCCUAACAACAGUCAGUCACGCCGACCAGUGCCGCAAAAGAGUAGGGCCGUGGACAAACGGCCACGCAGCCGAGGUCUUCCUGCCAGCAGACGCGAUGAGGUGACAGUAACUCAAAGGGCUGAAUUUGGUUCAGCCCUUCCGCAUGGUCCGAAGAAACUCAACAUGAAUCACCUCCUGAACUUCACCUUCGCUGCGAGAGAGAGUGAAGAUGCCAGAGGUGGCUCUGGUUAUCGUAGCAGGUCAAGAUGGGGUCAUAGACGCUUCAACAAGGAACAGUUCUUGCAAGCAAAUUGUCAGUUUGUGGUAAAAGCCAAAGGCAACUACAAGCAGCAGUCUGUAGACCCCGAUGCUUUGGUGGAAUGGGAUUCGAUUGAACAGAUCCGCAUGCUUGGCCAUGAGAUGCCCUCCUGCCCCAUCUGUUUAUAUCCACCAACUGCAGCCAAGAUUACAAAAUGUGGCCACAUUUAUUGCUGGCCAUGCAUCUUGCACUACAUCUCCCUUGGGGAGAAGAGAUGGCGCAAGUGCCCCAUCUGCUACGAAUCAGUGAUGGCAAGCGACUUGAAAAGCGUGGUUGCCAAAUCUCUGAAGACCUUCAGUGUUGGUGACACCAUCACGAUGCGUCUAAUGACGCGGGAGAAAGGAUCCAUUACCAUUCACCCUCACUUCCCAGACAGUGCUCCUGUAGAAUUGCCAGUGUCUCCAUGCAUGACGGAUUCAUCGGAGGAAACCUGCUUCGUGAAGCUGAUGAUUGCCAGCCCAAGGGAAGUUCUAGAUGAGAUAUUAAAAAGAGAAAGAGGAGAAUUGGAAAAGCAGCUGAAAGAAGCAGUCGAUGAAUUUGAAAAAUCAUUUGUCCAGAGAGCCAUGGAUUCCUUGAAGGAAAGAGAGGAUGGCCUUGGUCUGGAUAAAGCAGUUACUGAACCAUCAACAUUAGUCACAGAUGAAAAAAGACCCUCCCUGGACCAAAAGGGGGAUGAUAAUGACAUGAUGAUGACAACGCCUAUUCUACCAAAAGGGGAUUGCAUUGUUUAUGCUUCUGCCUUCUCCGAUGAAGAGCAAGAUGAAACCAUAGAGGAACCAUCCUCUCCACCAGGAGACGACCAACCACCACCUCAAGAACCAUCAAGCACAGACGUCACCAAAGAACCGAAAGAAACUGAAGAUGGUACCGACGAUGUCUUGGAAGAAAGCAACAGUAGCAAAGCUACCGGUAAUCCAUCUCCCCAAGAAGAUGUCGGUGCUCCUGUUUCGGGGAAGACUGGAGAGGGAGAGGAAAAGAAGGAGGAACUUGGUGGAGGAGGGGAGAAAGAGAAGGAAGGGGUGGACUACAUUGAGAUGUCACCCAGUCACGCUGACAGUGCAAGUGGUAGAGAGAGGAAGAUUCCCCCUAGUCACUCGAGAAAUGUCUUUUUCUAUCAAGCCGAGGAUGGUCAGCAGCUAUUUCUGGGUUCCCUCAAUGCCCGCUGCUUGAUGCACGAAUACGGUCAUCUAGAGCACUCUCCCUUGACCAUCACAGCCAAGAUCGUUGAGAUAGAACACAUCUCCGUCACCCAGGAGAUGCGUAACCGGAUGCGUCACCUCCAGCACCUGCCCCUGACCUGUGAUGUCAGCGUCUGUGAACUUGCCCUCCGACCUCCGACCCUCUCGCCCAGGACCCUCGCCUACUUCUCUGCAGAGAUUCAGAGGAAAAAGCAGAAGAGGGACAAGAAGGCUCGGGAGGAGAAGCGUCGGGAACGCAAGAUCAGCCAGGAGGAGGAUCGCAAGAAUGGCAUCUAUCCCACAGCAAGGUAUUCCCUCAAGAGCACCAACCAGUUCCCAUCCUUUAGUCCAGGAUCUGUUCCAGAGAACCCUGGUCUGCCCAGACCCAUCUCGCCUGCAUCCGUAGACUCUGGAGCAUCCUCUAACUAUAGCGCUGUCCUGUCAGACAAUCAUGAUGAUGAUUUCAUCUUUAGUUCAACUUAUGCUGAGGGGGAGUUUGUAAGCUCUCCGGUGGAUGUCUCCAUGUCUCUACCAGGAGGAGGGGCUACCGGAGGAGGAGGAGCAGGGGGAUGGCCAUCUCUCAGUAGUCCUGACAGCCAGGGAGGAGGGCAUCGCUCAUUCGCACAGAUGUUGCGUGAUGGAGCAGCCAAGCCAUCAUCCCCUAUGAAGUCCAGCAGCAACCCAGCAUCGGCUAGUCCCCAGCACUACACCACCGCCAGCUACGGCCGAACCCCUGGCAGGGAGCUCACCAGUAGCAAUGACAGUGACAAUGAGGACUAUGUACCUGUACCGCAGUACAAGGAUGCCUUCAGUAACGCCAUACAGACUGCACUGGACAAGGCUGCUGCGUCCAUGUCCAUCAAGAAAGGUGAUGAAGCAGAUGGAGAUGCUGGAAAAGGAGGAGGAGGAGGGCGAAAGAACAAGAAAGGUCGCAAAAAGCAACUCCUUUUCUCCACCGCAGGUCCUCGCUUCAAAUAGCACCCUGUUCUUAAACUCCCUAUUAUUCUAAGAAAUGCUAUAUUCUGAUAUUGUGUGGUAGUAAUGGUUAUAAAAUCAUUAACUUUGCAUACAAUUUAUUCAACCUUGUGAUUGGGCUGUAGUUGGAAUGCAUUGCAUGAAGAGUUAUAGAAAAGCUUUGGAGAGAGAGUAAAUUGAUGCAAUGUUCUUGUUACACAAUAAAGUUUAUCCCUGUAAAGCCCGGUGUAUACAACUAUAUAAUGUUAGAUAAGAUGCAUCCUAAUCAUUUUGUUUACUUCAUCUAUAUCGAAGGGAUUAGCACGACUAUAUAUUCUAUGAGGCAUGACAAAUUUACUUUUUCCCAGUUUAUGUGUAGGAUCUGUAAGGUAUAUUGUAAUUGUUGAUAUCCAUGUGAUGUUACUGUUUGACAAUCACCCACAAGGCACAAUGAAGUGAAGUAAAGUGAAGUGUGACGUCAUCAAAAAUCUUAUUUUUAGAAUUUCUCAAUUUUGUCUUUAUUUUCCAAAAGGGCAUAAAAAAUAAUGUCCAAAUAUCAAAAACCAAUUGAAAAUGUUAAGUAUUGGCUGAGAUAUGACCAUCCGAAUAAAAAGAUUUUCUAUUCUAUAGGAGCUCAGUGUUAUAUUGCUCUGGCUCAUAAUGUCAUGAACCAGAGCAUUUUCAACUGACUUUCGACAUUUGGACAUCAUUUUUUGAUGCUCUUUCGGAAAAUAAAGAGAAAAUUGAGAAAUUCUAAGAAUACAUUUUUAUGAUGUCACAGCUUCGGUACUCUAUGCUUGCUUUGAGUACUGAUGUCAUAAUUUUAGACAGUUUCAGAAGAAAGGAAACUUCUUGUACAUUUAGAUUUAUAUCAUUCAGUGAUUUUCAAAUUGAACAGUGGACAAGUUUGUCAACAAUGAUCCAGAAUUCAAUUUCUAAAGGGAAAUGUGCAAGGAAUUUAUAUGUAUAAUUCUGUAUUUAAAUCGUUUUUUGUAGCAUAUCAUUUAUUGCUAAACGUAAAAAUAAUGCCAAUACCCCCCCCCCCCCUUUCUGUUGCUUUGAUGAAAAGACAACUAAAUCAUUUGAAUAUUCAGUUAUAUUUUGUUUCUUUAGCUCUCCAAAUAAGCAUUGUAGUCGCCAUGAUUUACAAAAGUUCAUGGAAUAUGCACAAAUGUAUUGUGAGCAGCACCAAUAUCCAUUAAAAAGUGUUAUGUAGCUGUUUUAUUUUGUUGCACUGCCCAGAACUUUUCACUUAUUUUUCUGUUCCCAUUUCUCAUCACAGCCGUUAUUGUUUUGAAUGCAUACUAAGUUUGCUUUGAUCGUUUUAUGCAGGAAGAAAAGUCUGACAAGCGAUAUGAGAAUAUCUUUCCAGACUUUGAUACAUUUGCAAUGUUUCUUUUACAAUUUGCCUGUAAAUUUAUUUUUGUUUGAUACUGCGACUUGUCUCUUAUAUGCUCAUGCUAUAGAGUGGUAAAUGUAAAGAAAGAAAAAAAGAUUCUAAAGAAAUGUAUAUUACAAUACAAAGUCAAAUUAACAUUUCUAAUCUAAUCUUAUUUCACAAUUUAUGUGUAUUUAAAGGUACUAUUUAACAAAUUUGAAAGUUCUCAGUUGUUGAGUUACACAAAAAGCUAUAUAAAAAUGGAAUGAAAAAUGUAAAUUUUCAUACAGAUUGAUUAUUUUCAGUGGGUUGAAUUUUUUUUCAUAAUUUGAUUUAGCUUUACAAAUUUACCUUCCUUUUCCCAAUUGGAAGAAGAAGAAAAAAUUGAUAAUAAUACAAAUAUACAAUUGAGAACUAUUACUGUUCGAAAUGGAGUGAAAUGGCAUUUUGGCUCAUUGGCUUAAUAUCCUCCUAUGUUUGUAAAUUGAACCAUUAAGUUUUAGUAUUAUUGAUGCCUGUCAUCAUCCACUUUAAAUCAUUUCUUUUUGAGCAAGAUUUUGUCAUCUUUGUUGUAUACUUUCCUUCAGCAAAAUUCAAGCAAAGUCAUAAUGUGCUUACAUUACUUUUUGGAAGCCAUGUACUCCAUUUGCAUUUUAUUUUUGUUUGAUAAUGAUUUGAAGUAACACUUCAAUAUAUUAGCCAUUGACGAUUAUUUGUUGCCUUCCAAGAGUUAUCUGUGUUACAAAAAGUUGUAUGUAAAUAAGAGAUCCAGUUGCAUGAAAGAUGAACAUAUCUUCCAUUGCUGCUCAAUGUUUAUUGACUAUUUCAAUCCUUCAUGAUUGUUAUGGAAUCAGGGUCCUGUUUCAUGAAACUUAUUAUGAAUAAUGACUUAGAGUGACUUUUUAAGUUACUGAUAUUAUUACAUUUGAUGUGAGCCGUGGCUGUGAGCAAAUUUGUCACAGAAAAGUGGCACUUGUUAAAAAUAUUGAUAAAGAGUUUUAUGAAAAAGAGCCCAGAAUAAGAUAAAAAGUGAGAACAGUCGCAAGACUUCAGAUGUAUAGGGUUUGGUCUUCAUGCGUAGUCACCACCUUUCAUGUCUAUGUGAAAUUUGAUUGUACAUUAUGUCGAGAGUGCAUCUUCUAAAGAAAGUAUGUUAUGUCUUGAACUAAGCCUAAAAAUCUUCAAAGUAAUAGCGACACAGUAAUCAACAUUAUAGGUUCUCUUGGAUGUAGUCUGUUACACAGCUAUUCCAGACCCUGUGUUAUGCGGGCUUUGGGUCAAGUUAUCUCGGGACCCCAACACUUGACCACACUCUUGACCUUAACACUUGACCACAGGAGUGAUCAUAUAUCCUUGCAAAACCAUGAAGCAAAUUCACUUCCUUAUUCACCUCGCAUUUGGAUAUGUUAGCAUCACAGUAUGUCAGAUGAUCCUUGAUUAUGUCUUUAUAAAAUUGUUUUUGUUUAUUAAUUUGGGGGUUCUUAUGUUGGUUCUUAUAUACACCCAUACAUUGGUCAUUACAGAAGAGCUCACCAGAAAAGUGUUCCAUUUAAUCACCCAUCAAAAGUAUUUUUUAUUUGGUUUCAAUAAAUCUAUUUGUCUUGAAUACCCAAUCAA